AUGGGGAGGCCAACGGCCCGUCAUAACGGCUCGGGGUCGGCACGUCCGUGCAUACCAGAGAGUAUAUACGAUCCCUUCGUGGGCAAGGGUACAGCACGACUUAUUGAAAAGAUCUGGGAUCAUAAUGAUCCUCGUUCAAGUCCUUGCUUAUUCAAACUUUAUACAUUGCUGGGCCUUCAUCGUUACAAUUUCUACGAGGGGACAAACUAUGCGCUCCGUCGCAUAGAGAAAUACUAUAAGGAAGGAGUAUCGGCAUGUAAAACCUUGUACAUAACUUGUGUUGCUGUGGAUCCAGCAAACGAUUCGCCUCAUGUUUUUUGGAUCAAAAUCUGGGAAGGACAAUGUGGUGUACUAGAUUUGACGUGCGCUAUUGCUGAACCUCGAGAUGGUCCCAGGACAGGAUCAGUGAGU